AAAAUUAUAUUUCUCGAAUACUGUAUACUAUACAACGUAUUAAUGCAAUGAUAGUGUGUAGUGUCCAUUAUUUUAUACUAGUGAAGCACAGGGUGCCUUCUCUCAGUCACUGACUCCACAGCAGUAUACCGGAAGGAGAAUUAGCUCGUUGCUAACAGCGCUACGGAGAAUGUAAACAAGACGAGUUAGCUAGCUGACAACCCACUUACAAUGCGGAUCUAUAUUAGAGUUUGUAUAUUCGGAUUUUUCUAAGAAUGAAAAGAGAACAUGGACGUACACACACGGCCAACUCUAUUUAGUGAAAUAGGGUAUCCAGCCAUUCAUCCAUCCACCUACCAAUGGUUUCCCACUGACGCUGAGCAGGGUUGAGCCUGGCCAGCACCUGGAUGGGAGGCCUCCUGGGGAAAACUAAGGUUGCUGCUGGAAGUGGUAUUAGAGAAGCCAGCAGGGGGCGCUCACUUUAUGCACAUGGCCUGGGCUUCUGGACAGACCGAUCAGCAGUGCACGAAGCAGCAGCUCAGGGACGAACAGCAGAACUUCAGCAGCUCAUUAAAAAUGGAGCUUUGGUCAACAUUGUGGCUGUGGACUCCAUAACUCCACUGCAUGAGGCGUGUAUUCAAGGCCAAACACAGUGCGUUCAGCUGCUACUGGAGGCUGGAGCCCAUGUGGACGCCCGGAACAUAGAUGGGAGCACACCGUUAUGUGAUGCUUGUGCAGCUGGUAAUCUAGAGUGUGUGAAGCUGCUGUUGGAGUAUGGAGCCAUGGUAAACCCUCCUCUCUUCACUUUCUCUCCCCUUCAUGAAGCCUGUAUGGGGGGUAACCCCGAGUGUGUGCAGCUCAUGAUAGCCGAAGGAGCGCUCAUGGAGGCUCAUGACUGCCACUUCGGGACUCCUCUUCACGUGGCUUGUGCCAGGCAGCAUCUAGACUGUGCCAAGAUUCUACUGAAUGCAGGUGCUAACGUAAAUGCUGCAAAGAUUCAUGAGACAGCCCUGCACCAUGCUGCUAAAGCAAGCAACCUGGAGAUGAUUGAGCUGUUGGUUGAGUUUGGGGGUAACGUGUUUGCCAGAGAUAACCUCGACAAAAAGCCGAUCGAUUACACCAGCCCUGGCUCGGCUGCAGCGCUCUGCCUCAAGUUCUACGAAACUGAACCGCUUAGUCUUCAGCAGUUAACCAGGGUUGCACUCAGGAGUGCUUUGGGGAAACGAGCACUGGACGCGGUGCCACAGCUGGGUUUGCCCAAUCGGCUGAUCUACUACCUCACUUACAUGCCCACUCCGCUUUCUGAGCUCCUGACCAGCACACAAGCCGAACCGAACUGAGGCAGACCGAUUUCACCAAUGCUUCUGGAGAAUAACGGAAACUACACAGUUAAUCAUGUCUGGAAAUAUAGCUCGUCUUUUUAUUAAAAUUGUAGCGCAUAAAUAAGGUUCAGUUCAUACUCAGAUCUAAAUUCAACAUGAGUUUUUCUUUUGCGCUGGCCAAACAAGAAACAAGUGUGUGAUCGCUAAACUCAGCUGUUUCAUUCUCAGUCUGUGCAGCAUUUACAGUCCCCUCCUAUCAGUCAUGUGUUCCAAUAUUAUUGAUCACUUGAAAAACCAGGUGGGUUCAAACAAAAGGGGUCAUGUUUUAAAUUGUUUUAACACAUCUGUCAUCUCAUAUUCAUCUUUUGAUCUUAAACCCAAAUGUCUUCCAUGUAUAGCAGUAAUUGCUCUUCCUCUUGCCAAUACUUUCAGAUGGGACUGUAUUUGUAAGAUAUAUUUACAUUCUCAUUUGUAUAAAGUGAAAUAUAUAUUGUAAAUUGUAUAUUUGUAAUCUAAUUUCAUCCUAAUAUGUAUUGUACAUAUUCUGUUCACAAUGUAAAAAGUUUACAAAUUAUUAAAUAUUACUCUGUAUUUGUUUAAAAGUAUUAAAAUGUGCUCUAAUCC